AGAUGAGAAGCAGCCUUAUAAUUUGUUAAUUGUCAUUUUCUGUAGGAAAAGUUGUUUUGAAGUUGAGUUUGGGUCGUCGCCGGGUCUUUUGCGUUUUCUACGAAAAUGAAUGCACCGCCAACAUUCGAAUCGUUUUUACUCUAUGAAGGAGAAAAGAAAAUCAUUAAAGAAUUAGAUACAAAAGUUACCAACGCGGCGAUAUUUACAGUAAAUAAAGAAGAUCAUACACUGGGAAACAUGAUUCGAAACCAAUUAUUGAAAGAUCCAAAUGUUCUAUUCGCCGGCUACAAACUUCCUCAUCCACUGGAACACAAAUUCGUUAUAAGAAUCCAAACAACUUCGGAGUAUUCGCCACAGGAAGCGUUCAUGAACGCAAUCACUGACUUGAUUGCAGAACUUUCACUUUUUGAGGAACGUUUUAAGGAAGCAAUAAAGGAGAAAAAAGAAGGAGGUGAUUAGGUUAAGAGCAAUUAUUUUUAAAAUUUUAUGGGUGAUUGAAUUGAUUUGAAGUAAAGUUGACUUGAAAAUACUAUA